AUGGGUAUCAUUGCUAUUGGAUUUCGGGAGUAUGUGAUCAUAAUUCUUUGCUACUCAGCACUUGAGUGGGAAUGUCCGGUUUGUGGAAAGACAAGAAAGAUGAACCAGCGUCGCGGAAAGAUCCAACUGAAGAUGAUUCCACAAAAAGGGGCUCGCCAAGUAACCUUCUCAAAGCGCAAAGCAAGCCUUUUCAAAAAGGCAAAUGAACUUUGCACCUUGACAGGUGCACAGGUUGCUAUCAUUGUCUUUUCACCGGGUGGGAAACCCUUCUCUUUUGGCCAUCCCUCUGUUGAUACAAUAACCAAUAGGUUCCUUAACCAAUGGCCCAUGUCGGUGCCUGGUUACCAGAACCCCGUUGUGGCUGAGCUCAACCAACGAUACAAUAAUCUGUGCCAGCAAAUUGAAGCAGAGAAGAGACGAGGUGAGAUGCUGCAACAGAUGGAAAUGGAGAGGCAGAAGCACUGCUGGUUGGGACGACCGAUGGAGGAGCUCAAUUUGAGGCAGCUGAUGAUAUCAAAAAAACUUAUGGAAGAUUUGCGUGGCAAGUUAGUGGAGCGUGUCAAAGAACUGUCGGUCCAGCAGUUUUGUGCAAUGCCAUCUUCUGCCAACCCGGUCAGAUUUAUUGAUUUGAAUGUUGCUGACCCAGCUGAGACAGAGUCUUCCUUCUACCCAUUUAUGGAUUGA